GGCUCCCCAUUGGCUGCUCCGCGAAGCCCGGUCUCCGGGUAAGAUGGCAGCGAACGGACAGUGCUCGCUCCCCGCUUCAUGGCGGCCGGUGACCCUCACCCACGUCGAAUAUCCUGCAGGCGAUCUCUCUGGCCACAUCCUUGCCUACCUGAGCCUCGUCCCUGUAUUUAUCAUCGUCGGUUUUGUGACCCUCAUUAUAUUCAAACGGGAGCUGCACACAAUCUCAUUCCUCGGGGGCCUGGCACUGAACGAGGGGGUCAACUGGCUGAUCAAACACAUCAUCCAAGAACCACGGCCCUGUGGAGGCCCCCACGAGGCAGUGGGCACUAAGUACGGGAUGCCCUCCAGCCACUCCCAGUUUAUGUGGUUCUUCUCUGUCUACUCCUUCCUUUUCUUGUAUUUAAGAAUGCACCAAACAAACAACGCCAGGUUCCUGGACUUGCUGUGGAGGCACGUGCUCUCCCUGGGUCUCCUCACCGUGGCCUUUCUAGUCUCCUACAGCAGGGUCUACCUGCUGUACCACACCUGGAAACAGGUGCUGUAUGGGGGCAUCGCUGGAAGCUUCAUGGCCACUCUCUGGUUCGCCUUCACCCAGGAGGUCCUCACCCCGCUGUUCCCCAGGAUAGCAGCCUGGCCCAUCUCUGAGUUCUUCCUGAUCCGAGACACGAGCCUCAUCCCCAAUGUGCUCUGGUUUGAGUACACAGUAACGCGGGCAGAAGCCAGGAAUAGACAACGCAAGCUGGGGACGAAACUGCAGUGACCGGUGAGUGUGGCUGGGUCCAGCCUGCAGAUCUGGCCUGCGUGACGCCUUGCAGGAGGACGGGAUGCCAGAGGGAUGAAGCGGAGACCUCUCCAGACCCAAGUCACCAAGUGGAGCCUUUUUUUUUCUUAUUUUAAUUUUAACGAACAAGGUGGACCAAAGGGCUGAGCCAGCCCCUCAACCGGGACCCUGGAGGGCCUGCUGCCAGGGGCCCACACGGCCAGAAACCCUCGCUGUGCUGCUGCUAGCCCCCGGUCGGCGGACAGUGCCCUUGGUGGGGGCACCAGGGUAUGGGAGAGGAGGAGGGUUGGCAUCUCUGGUCUCGGGCCAGGGAAUCCAGGUGGUGUGAAAAAUGUACACUAUUUAUUUUUUGGUUUUGUCAAAGGCAGAUGGGAUUUUGGCGACAGGCCAGAAGAGCCUGCGCCGUCGUGGCUUCCCUGUGCGCUGUAGUGGCUGACAUGUGCACAGGGGGGCCCUGGUCAGCUCCCCAGGCCUUUUGCGCCAAGCUGAGGGGGCAGACCACCCCUCCGUGGGCCUGAGGGCCCGGGAGGAGGGGAGCACCCCUUGCCCUCCCUGCCACCAUUGCCAUUCCAGAACCUCGUUCAGUGUUUGUCUGGGGUCGGGGCCCAGGGGAGCAGGCAUCUGGCGGCUGCCGUCAUUGUGUUCUACCCCGUACCCACCCUGCACCACAAGGGCUUUUUCUGGUCCCCUGUCCCCAAGAUACGGGUCCCUUUCUGACAAAAGAGCCUGCACAUGUGGGUGAGCAAACCCAGGCUGUUUACAGCUCUUUCUUCGUCCUGUUGUCCGGGAGCAGCUAGUCUUCAUCUCUACUCGAACAAAACACAAAGCAGCGAAGAGCGGCGAGAUGAGUGGGACCUUUUCCUUCUCCUCUGAACUCUUCCCGUCUUCCCUGACUCUCUUCCAGGCUAGGAACCUGCGUGGGUCACCCUGUGUGUCUGAGGUGUGGGCUCCCGGAUCCCCGUGGUCCAGCUCUGAGGCCGCCUCCUCCCAACGGGAUGCAGCUUUAGGGUCUAAGUUGCUCUGAAAUGGAGUUGUGGAGAGGAGGUGCUUCCAGACUCUUGGAAGUUUCUAGAACUAAACCAGGCUGCUUGGGACCUGUGUUAGACUCCUCCCCCGCACACAUCUUUUUCUUUGUGGAGGCUCCUAACCUGCUGCUGAAGCACAAUGUCUCGGUGCUUUCUUUUCUCAUUGGUUAGACAGUGUCCAGAAGCCAUUCCAGAUGCCAGGACCAGGGGCCUAUUUCUGGGGAAGGUUGGUCAGUCCCCACAUUUCCUCCCCUUCCCUUCUUUCUUCUGUUUUUUUGGUUUCCAUUGCGGAUUGUGGGAAAGACAUCGCAAAAUAUUAAAUUGUUUACUAUUGUUUUGAAAUAAAAUGUUUAACUCUGGCGGCUUGAGCACGCGUUGGCCGAGCUCAUGAGAGGAGGCUGUGGGGACAGGUGGCCCGGGGGGCAAGGCUGUGGUGACCAUUGUAAAAUCACGGGUUGAACGGCCUCUGACCUUCCCCCUGGGGUCUGAGGAGCCCGCACCGCUGUUCAGUGGAUGUUCCCCCAUUUCUAGUCUGGCUCAUCUCCCAGUGUCGCUGAGGGCCUGGGGCUCUGGCUCUGCCCUCGGUCACCCUGGUUCUUCCUCCUUAAGACAGCCCAGGGGACUGGAGACAGCCAGCCUGUCCUUCCUGAGUCUCAGCCAAGAUCAACACCUCCGCUCCUUGUGAAUUCAGUGUUUUGUUUUUUUAAAACUGAGAUGUAGUUGACAUACUAGUUUCGGGUGUACGAAGUGAUGAUGCGAGAAUUGUACUUUGUGAAAUGAACACAGCGGUCUCGUUGACAUCACCGUACAGUCACCAAAAUAACUUUUCUUGUGAGGGGAGCUUUCCAGAUCUCUUCUCUCAGCCUCCCCCCACACCUUUUUUUCCCCAAAGAUUUAUCUAUGCAUUCAAGAUCUGGGGUACGGGCCAUAGACGCGGGGGGUGAGAGGAUUCACCAGAGACAGAGUGGGGAGCAGAACAGCAGACUGACCGAAGUACACUGCUGAGGGGAGCAGCGGGGAGACAGGAGAGGUCUGCUGCGCAUGUGGGCUGCUCCCUGGCCGGGGCUGCAAUG